AAAAGAAGUCGCAGAAACAAUCAUCGGAUCACGCUCAAAGCGUUUCUUUUUCACUCUCUCUGCUUCUUCUCUCUCUCUCAGAGAAUGCAAUCGUGAAAGCCCUAAACCCGCCGUGAAAGAAGAAGAGGAAGAAGAUGGAUCGCAAGGGAAAGGGUAAACAGGUCGCCGCUUCCGGCGGAAAGAAGAGGAGAAACACCGUCGAAUUCAGAGAUGAAGGUUUGAGGAUUAAGAAGCGGAAAAACCCUCAAGUUCUUCAGUUCUUCGAGGAAUCCGCUGAAGUUGGCUACUACGGAGGCAGCUCCGACGAAGAUGAUGACGGAUUAGGUUUCCUUAACGAUAUGGAAGACGAACCUGAGGUUGAAGAGAGUGGUAAGGCUGGCAAGGGAGAAAAGGGCAACUCCUCUUUUGUUUUUCCAAAGGAAGAAGAUAUUAACGAGGAAGAGUUUGAUAGGAUAAUGGAAGAAAGAUACAAGCCAGGUUCUGGUUUUCUUAGAUAUGCUGAUGAUGAUGUGAAAGAUUCCAUUGAGAUGGAUGCUCUUGCUCCAACUUCCAAGGAUCCUCCAAUUUGGAAAGUCAAGUGUGCGAUUGGACGGGAAAAGCAUUCGGUUUUCUGUCUCAUGCACAAAUUUGUUGAGAUGAAGAAGACAGGCACCAAAUUGCAGAUCAUAUCUGUCUUCUUUGUGGACCAUGUCAAGGGUUUUAUUUUCAUAGAAGCGGAAAAAGAACGUGACGUUCUCGAGGCAUGCAACAAUUUAACUGGUAUAUACGCUACUCGGAUGGUGUUAGUUUCUAAAGCCGAAACUCCAAAUCUGCUAACUGUCCAGAGAAAAACAAAAAAAGUUUCUGAGGGAACAUGGGCUCGUGUUAAGAAUGGUAAAUACAAAGGAGAUCUUGCUCAGAUUGUGGCUGUGAGUGACACUCGAAAAAAAGCAUUAAUAAAGUUAAUUCCGAGGAUUGAUAUUCAGGCCUUGACCCAAAAAUAUGGUGGGGGAGUUACUAUCAAAAAAGGCCAGACUCCAGCUCCAAGAUUGAUCAGUUCAAGCGAGCUCGAGGAGUUCAGACCUCUCAUUCAAGUGAGGCGAGAUCGUGAUACUGGAAUGACGUUUGAGCAUCUUGAUAGCCUGAUGCUGAAAGAUGGGUAUCUCUAUAAAAAAGUAUCCUUAGAUUCAUUAUCUUCCUGGGGGGUUAUACCAUCGAAGGAGGAGAUACUAAAAUUUACGCCUGUAGACCGAAAAGAAACUGGUGAUGUAGAGUGGAUUUCUGAAAUUUAUGGUGAAGAAAAGAAGAAAAAUAUUCUUCCAACUGGCAGAGGGGGUGGGAAAGGAGAAGGAUCAGGGGGUGGAAAAGGAGAAGGAUCAGGGGGUGGAAAAGGAGAAGGGUCAUCAGAAUCUAAGUCAGAAAGUAGCUAUGAGUUAUAUAAUCUAGUUUGUUUCAGUCGAAAAGAUUUUGGUCUGAUUGUGGGUGUGGAUGACAAAGGUGACGGUUACAAGGUUCUGAAAGAAGGUUUGGAUGGACCCGCUGUAGUCUCUGUUGGAAAAAAGGAAAUGCAGAAUGGACCAUUCGAUUCAAAAUUCACUGCCUUGGAUCUGAAUAACAAACAAAUAUCAAUUAAUGAUGUUGUGAAGAUUUCCAAAGGCCCAUCCGAGGGUAAACAAGGAGUUGUAAGGCAAGUAUACAGAGGGAUCAUAUUUCUUUAUGAUGAGAGCGAGGAAGAAAAUGGUGGAUAUUUCUGCUGCAAAUCACAAUCGUGUGAGAAAGUUAAACUCUUUACUGAAGAUUCCAAUGAGAAGACUGGUGGAUUUGAUGCUUCAGCUUUUGGAGAUUCUGUAUCUUCCCCAAAAUCGCCACUAUCUCCUGAAAAAGAGUGGCAGCCCAGGGAAAAAUACAGUAACUCCAAUAAAGGAGACAGAGGUGGCAUGUAUUCUAUUGGCCAAAAGCUGAGGAUACGUGUUGGUCCAUUGAAGGGGUAUCUCUGCCGUGUAAUAGCUUUACGCUAUUCUGAUGUUACAGUCAAGCUUGAUUCCCAGCAUAAGCUUUUAACAGUUAAAAGUGAGCAUCUUGCUGAGGUUCGCGACAGAAACACUGUGUUAAGUACAAGUGGGGAUCCGGGGAGUGGUUCCUUUCAACCUUUUGACAUGCUUGGAACAGAAGGCAGCUCUGGAGACUGGACGAAAGGAGUGGGCACGUCAGGAGAGGUUGGUAACUGGAAUAUAGGAGCUGCGUCUACUGAUUUGAACACAUGGGGCAGUAAGCCUACGUCUGACAUUUCAUUUCAGCAGCCGACAGUUCCGGAUGAUAAUACUUCAACGUGGGCCAAUGCAGCAGCUGAGAACAAAUCGUCCUCGGCUAGUGAUCAACCUGGUGGUUGGAAUUCCUGGGAUAAACCACCUGCUUCUGAAGCUGGUACUGUUGGUGGGUGGGGAGAUGCAGUUGCUUCAAAAGUUGAAGCUUCUUCGUGGGAACAAGGAGCUUCUACUUCCAAUGUUGCAGAUUUAGGUUCCUGGGGCACGCACGGUAGAAGCUCUGAUGGUAAUAAGCAAGCAGAGGACUCAGUAUGGGGUAAACUAUGUGAAGCUUCUGAAUCUGGUUUGGAAAAGGGAAAUGGAGAUUCUAAUUGGGGUAACAAAUAUGGAAAUUCCAGCGCAAGUAACAAAGAGGGAGUUUCCUGGGGACAACAGGAUAAAGGCUUUGACGGGAGCAAGGGAGACUCUGCAUGGGAUAAUCAAGGUGGAGGUUUUGGUUCAGGAGAGAGAAAAGAUGGUUCUUCUGGUUGGACUAAGUCAGCAGAAGAUUCCAAUGCCAGUAGUAAGGGAGUUCCUGGCUGGGGUAAACCAGAUGAUGGGUCUUCAUGGGGUAAUCAGGAUAAAGGAGGGUCCUCAUGUGUUGAACCUAACGGUGGUUCUUCAUGGAGUAAGCAAGACGGGGGAUCGUGGGACAAAAAGGACGACGGAGGUUCAUCAUGGGGUAAGAAAGAUGAUGGUCAUAAGGAUGACGGAGGAUCUUCAUGGGGUAAAAAAGUUGAUGGAGGAUCUUCUUGGGGCAAAAAGGAUGAUGGAGGAUCAUCAUGGAGUAAGAAGGAUGAUGGUGGAUCUUCUUGGGAAAAAACGGAUGAUGGAGGAUCAUCAUGGGGUAAGAAGAAUGACGGAGGAUCAUCAUGGGGUGAGAAGAAUGGCGGAGGAUCGUCGUGGGAUAAGAAAGAUGACGGUCACAAGGAUAACGGAGGAUCUUUAUGCGCUAAAAAUGUUGACGGAGGAUCUUCUUGGGGAAAAAAGGAUGAUGGAGGAUCAUCAUGGGGCAAGAAGGAUGAUAUAGGAUCAUCAUGGGCUAAAAAUGUUGACGGAGGAUCUUCUUGGGAAAAAAAGGAUGAUGGAGGAUCAUCAUGGGGCAAGAAGGAUGAUGGAGGAUCUUCAUGGGCCAAAAAUGUUGACGGGGGAUCUUCUUGGGGGAAAAAGAAUGAUGGAGGAUCUUCUUGGGGAAAAAAGGACGAUGGAGGAUCUUCUUGGGGAAAAAAGGACGAUGGAGGAUCUUCUUGGGGAAAAAAGGACGAUGGAGGAUCGUCGUGGAAUAACAAGGAUGAUGGAGGGUACUCGGGACAAACAUUUGAUAGGGGAGGACGUGGGUUUGGUGGGAGAAGAGGAGGUCGUCGAGGUGGCAGGGAUCAGUCUGGGAGGGGAAGAUCCUUCAGUAAUUCUGAGGAUCCAACUCCAUGGAAUAAACCAAGUGGCGGAUCUAGCUGGGGCAAGCAAGACGGUGUUAGUGGCAAUGGUUCUGCCUGGAGUAAGCAGAUUGAUACUAGUGGUGGAUCAAGCUGGGGCAGGCAGAAUGAUGGUGAUUCUAAACCUUGGAAUGAACACAAUGUUGGUGGUCGUGGGUUUGGUGGAUCUAGCUGGGGCAAGCAAGACGGUAUUGGUGGCAAUGGUUCUGCCUGGGGUAAGCAGAAUGAUACUAGUGGUGGAUCAAGCUGGGGCAGGCAGAAUGAUGGUGAUUCCAAACCUUGGAAUGAUCACAAUGGUGCUGGUCGUGGGUUUGGUGGAAGAAGGGGAGGAACGGGAUUCCGAGGAGGUUUCCGUGGAGGUAGAAACCAAUCAGGUAGAGAAGGAGGAAGGUCCUUUGAUGGUGAUCAAUCAUCUAGCUGGAAAACAGACAAUCAAGAAAACACUUGGAAGAGCGACCAAAGUGGUGGAUCAGACUGGAAAAAAGGUUGGGGAGAGAAUUCAAACGGUAGCAAGCCGUCCGGUUCGUCCUCUGGUGGUUGUGCCGGGAACUGGCCUAGCUGGGAUACUAACUCAAAGAAAGAAACCAAUGAUAAACCGGGAAACGAAAGCAAAUCAGCUUGGGGUACCAUUAACGAUCAGGCGAAUACCGGUAACAGCACUGACAGUUGGAACAAGAAGCCUAACAGUGAUGUUGGAACGAGUGGAGAAGCUGAUAUCGCAUGGGGCGGCAAAACUAAUGCAGUAUCGUCCUCACCUAGUGGCUCGGCAGCGUGGGGAACCGGUGACAAAAAAUCUGGAUGGUAAAAAAGAAAUCCCGAAUUGACUUGUAAUUAAACCUUCACUAUCUCUAUCUCUAUCUCUAUCUAAGUCUCAACUCUAAAACACUAGUUAAACGCCAUGAGGUGUGUCUUUAUUUAGUCUCUGAACUUUCCUUUUUUGGCCCUCAUAGUUCAGUUUGUUUUUGCCGUUGCUAAGACUGAUCAAGGACCGAUUUUGUAGCGCUUUAUAAUGGCAUUAUUUGCAGCUUUUUGUAUA